UUGGUGCAUCCGCCCAGGAAGUAGACGCCACUGGUGAACAGCCUGGUUUGUUGACUGCCUGUUGCUGGGAACGCUCGAGCGGUUGCUAGUCAAAGGACCCCGGAAUGUAGCUGCCCAUACAAAGGCCAGUUGUUUCAAAAAGAUACAUAUACAUUUUUCCGGUGCUAAUCUUUUAUGAAUAUAAUCUGACUGUCACGCUUUAAUAAAUAAUGCCGAUGGUAAUUAAGAGAAUUGCCUUAUGAUCACUUUUAUGUGUGUUUUGGUGCUUUUGUGAUACGGCAGCUAGACCUGUACCCCAGCAUUUUUUUUACUUACGGUGUAGAAGUUGUAAUGACAUUGUCAAACCGCGCUAAUUUAACGUCGGUAUAGACUGCCAUUUUUAAUUAAGUAAGGGAAUUGAUUACAAUCAAUUAAUUUCUUAUUCCCAUUGUAAGAGAGAGAGAGAGUUAAGUGAGUGCUCAGGCCACCUGCCUAUUAAUAUGAAUUAUUAUCAUAUAUUAGAACUGGUGGGAGAGGGUUCUUUCGGUCGAGUUCAUAAAGGAAUGAAGAGGUUUACAGGCCAGGUAGUGGCUCUAAAAUUCAUGCCCAAGAUGGGACGCUCGAACAAAGAGCUGCAAAGUCUAAAGAAGGAAAUCGACAUCAUGACUAACCUUCAACAUCCAAACAUUGUCAAACUUUUUGACAGCUUUGAAACGGAAACAGAUGUGGUGGUUGUGACCGAGUAUGCUGAGGGUCAGCUAUUCCAGAUCAUCGAGGAUGAUGGGAGUUUACCAGAAAGUCAGGUUCGGGAGAUUGCCUGUCAGUUGGUGUCCGCUCUGUAUUAUUUACACUCUCGUCGUAUUCUUCAUCGAGAUAUGAAACCACAAAAUAUUCUAUUUGAUAAGAAUGGAGGGGUGAAGCUGUGUGACUUUGGGUUUGCAAGGGCAAUGAGUGUGUCCACCAUGGUGCUGACUUCUAUCAAAGGAACACCCUUAUACAUGUCCCCUGAAUUGGUGGCAGAGAAGCCUUAUGACCACACUGCAGAUCUCUGGUCACUCGGCUGCAUUCUUUAUGAGCUCCACACGGGGGCGCCUCCUUUCUACACGAAUUCCAUCUUCCAUUUGGUGCAACUCAUUGUAAAAGAGCCCAUUGAAUGGCCUGACACUAUGAGCAGCACAUGUACGAGUUUCCUGAAAGGUUUGUUGACCAAAGACCCUCAGAAGCGGCUGUCAUGGCCGGACCUCCUACAUCACCCUUUUGUUGCUGAUGGUGUUCAAGUGAUGCCACAUACAGAUGUUCCCAGUCCUCUGACGGUCACUCCCGACCCAGACACACUGGCGCUGAAACUUAAACAAUUGGCAGAAAAGACACCACUAAACUCCGGAGAGAGCAAAAUAUUGCGGAAGAUCAAAGAGCAGAGAAGCAAAAGUAAUACAAAGAAAUUAGUCGACAGUGCUAAAGAAAUGAAGGAUGGACUGGAAAGGGAAAAAGCCAAUUAUUCAAUAACAGCAGAGCCACCUGGAGAUAAAUCCUUCACAUCAGUUUAUUCAACUUUGAGAGCUCCUCAAAGUUCAUAUCCAAAGAGUCAUACUAAGGUUCUAUUUGGUUCUUCAAAAAGCAGGGGUCCAAUCAGCCAAGACUAUGAGCGAGAGUUCCCCUCAGUAGAAGUUGGGGCACGCCAAGAGCGAGAAUGCAGAAACAACACGGACGUCACUGAAAAUAGUUCUACAACAGCUGAGAGUGAGGAAUUCUGGGAAAAGCUUGUUGAAGAAUUAGACCCAAGCCGACAAGAGAAAGAGGCGUUAAACUUCAGCUCCAUUGUAGCUAAACUGAAAUCAACCAUUCUAGUGUUUAAGCAACAGCUAAGUGAUGGUGUCCUAAAAGACGUGUGGUGCAUUCAGCUUCCGCUGAAAGUCCUGCAGAAGCUGAUUCUCAACGACAUUAGCGAUGAACUUGGGCUGCCACAUCUCCUCUUUGAUUUGAUUCACGACUCUGUGGAAAACUCACAUUUCAUUGAGCAACCGUCAAGUCCUCAAGUACUUGGAGAAAUGAUUGUCGUUCUACUGAUCUACUGGGAGAAACACCAUGACUGGUUGAGGGGAGAAAAUAGACCUCAAGAGUUCAUCAAGUCCUUCUUGAUCAUUCUUAAUCACCCAGACCUUCAUGACUCAGCUCCUCUAGCAGCCUGCAUUUUAGCUCUCUUUACUCGACACAAGGUUGUUGUCAACGUUGAUGUGGACCGACUCGGCUUCUUGCUGAAAGAACUUGUCUCUGGCUCUCAUCAGCGCCGGCUUUCACUCCCGGCUGGCUGGGGCCUCUGUGACGGCCUUCUGUCUUUACUUCUGCACACUCUCUCUGAGCAUGGUGAUGGGUCCUCGUGUUUGGAUCCACUUGUGCUUCAUCAAGUUUGGGGAGAAAUUGGCACCUCAUUCGCAAAGACGACACCAGACAUGGAAUUCUGUUCCACGAAUGGAUUGUAUCUUCUUAUGUCUGCUACACUGUUGGUUCUUUGCAAGGAUCCAUUUUCGUAUAUUUCACUGUUUUCCGAGAGCAAAUCAACAUUUGUAUCCACUCUUGGCUGGCUGCUGAGUUCUGAAUGUCAUGCUAUAUUUGCUGAAGGCUGUUCAGGUACAUCAGAGGAGGUCUUCAACCAUGAGCGCUUUAUAGAGUUGAGCUUCCACUUCCUGUGCCUUCCGUUUACCCUGAACCUGAAUUCACACACCUGUUCUGGGGUACUGCAUUUGUAUGACAGCUGUGGUCUUGUUAAAAGACUCCUGCAGGUGAUUCAAACGCUUCCUCUCCCAUCAGUGGAGCUGCCACUCUCAUUACUCUGCCGCUUGCUGCUGUGUGACCGUCAGCGCUGUGUCUCCCGCCUCUGUAACGCUUCCUGUUGCUUUUUCACUCCACCUUCGUCUACCGCAUCGGGCCAGCAGCCUCCACCCAGGACCGCCAGUUCUCUGCUCUCUGAUUUGCUGCUGCUGGAUGAGCUGGGGGACUCGGCCGUAGAGCUCCUGUCUCUGUUGUACCUCAUCACCCGUUUUUGCCCUGGUCGCCUUCUGUUUCACCUUGAAUCCUCUGCUCUGCACAAGGCCCUGGUUCACUCUUACGACCCGAUCAGGGCUGUCGUAUGCAAAGUUUUGGGAAAUUUGUGUCCGUUCAGGUCUGACACACUGCCCAAUUUACAAGCAAACGUUUUUAAAAGCAUGAUAGAUCUUCUUGAGGAUUCAAGCGUGCAUGUGCGGCGGGCGGCUUGCUUGGCGGUUGGUAAAUGGUUGGGUUAUAUUGCAGUGGAGGCUGGCUUCAGCACAGGAAGGCCCAAUGGAAAUGUAGACAACACUACACAGUGGUUAGAAAUCCAGCAAAAUGAUGCAUACAAGGAUUCAAGCAGCGAAACAGGAGUUGCCAUCGUGACAAAAAAUACAUCAGGGAACGGCGACAUGAGAAAAUGGCUAGAAGAAGCCAGGAUGGCGGGGGCCAAACUGGCAUCGCUGACCUCUGACUCUGAUGUCCACACUCGUCUCCACGCCUGCGCAGCUCUGGGGAAUCUGGUACAUAUUCAUGGUGCUGUACCCACGCUGCUGGAAGAGAACGUGUGCAGGUUACUCCUCAGAGCUGCAUGCACAGAUACCCACAAUGCAGUGAGAGAAGCUGCCAUGGUCACUUUAAGCUUGUACAGUCAGCAGGAUGCUUUAAGGCAGGUAAUCACCCACCAAAAAAAUCACUUAUAGUAGGGAGCUUCCUCUUAAAGAAUUAACCUCACAGCUUGGAGACCCGAGUUCAAUUCCACCCUCGGCCAUCUCUGUGUGGAGUUUGCAUGUUCUCCUCGUGCAUGCGUGGGUUAUCUCCGGGUACUCCGGUUUCCUCCCACAUUCCAAUAACAUGCUAGGUUAAUUGGUGACUCCAAAUUGUCCAUAGGUAUGAAUGUGAGUGUGAAUGGUUGUUUGUCUAUAUGUGCCCUGUGAUUGGCUGGCGACCGGUCCAGUGUGUACCCCGCCUCUCGCCCGAAGACAGCUGGGAUAGGCUCCAGCACCCCUGCGACCCUCGUGAGGAUAAGCGGUAGAAAAUUAAUGUAUUUUUGAAAAAGUUUACCUUAAUGUUUUUCAAGCUGCUGUUGCCUCCCCUGAAGUUUUUUGGAUCGCCUCUGGUUUAUCACAUCAUUUUUGUGUUCAUGACAUAUUUUGCCUGUUUGAAUAGAGCUGGAGAGACUUUUUGAUUGUAGUUUUGACAUUUGUGUUUGUAUUUGUAUUUGUAUUGCCAGAGCUUCCCAGCCUGCACCUCCACCAUGUGACCAUCUUCCUCUCAUUGCAGGCAGCUCCAGACAGAAUUUAUCAUAUUUCUUAGGUACUGUAAUCAAUGUCAUUUCAAAUGCCCUUUUUAAAUUACUUCCUGAAAGUAACCACCUAUUAAUAAUAGCGAUUAGCAUUUUUAAUAGACAUUUAUGGAUCUGUGUUUACUGUGUCCCCAAAUGUUGCUAUUGAAAUGUUCUGAUAUUUCAUUUAAAAUCUAGCCAAAUGUGAUCCAAAUUUGUAAAUGUCAUUCUUUGGCAUGAAAAAGCUCGCAAAUCGCAGCAAUAUAAUCAAGUAUUUUCGGAGGAGUAUUCAAAGAAAGGGUUUAACUAUUUGUCAUCACGAUCAUUAAACGGACUUGACUGCAUUCUUUAUUAAAAUAAUACACCAAAGGUGUGACAAAUUAAAUUAUUAUUUUCCAAAUUGGGUCCGCAGCUCUGGCCUCCGAGGUUACAACAAUGUUUGUUAGUGCUUCAUUCUAAUUUUAUUAUAGCGCUCCGGUUUGACUUUACAAAAAUAAAGAACAGACAACCGACUCAUUUGAGUGCCACAUGUUUAUUUUAAACGGAAAAGGAUGGCUAGUACACAAAUACGCUAUGAUGAUGAAAUAUGCUGUCAUUAUUUUUGAAUAUGAAUAAAUAUAAUCAGCGCCUGGAUUGAAGAUUGUCUUAAAACAAAUGCAUAGAAAAAAUAUGCCCAGAAUUCUUCCAUUGAUUGCGUUUUUAACAUACAAUCUUAUGAGACUUUUCUUAGUUCAUUCUCUACAAAGCAAAGACUAGCACAC